GAAGUCUUGAAGAAUUAUGAAAACAUAUAUUACCUAUAUAAGUUAUUUCGCUUUUCUGCUUUAUGUUGGAGCAGAACUAAUCUUUGAUGACUAUGCGGGACCAUACGAGCAGAGGCCUCUGGGAUCGGAGCUGUGUCGAAUAACAGGGAAUAAAUGCGGAGAUGUGACUUUUACUAGACGCAAGCUGCCGGGGAAAGACAAAGAUUGGCAGUUCAACGUCUCCGUGAGGAACUACAUUUAUAUGAAAGAUACAACCACUGUACGGAUAGUAGCAUCAACCAAAGGAGCAAGUGGCCAUUACAACAGUUUAGGAGACAUCACUCGACCAGCGUGUAAGUGGCUUGAAUGGAUCAAGACUUUUGUCAAUGACCUGGCAGAGUAUACAGGCUACAACCCAGAAAAUGCUUGUCUAGCAGCGAUUCCGGGAUUGUAUGAGGUGGUUAACUUCCAUGUAAAAGCGCAAUCUCAUUUCAGAAUAGCCCGGAUACCAAUAGCUCCAUAUGGUAUUUAUAAAUUUGAGUUUCGUAUGUCAGAGAAAAAUAAUCCAAACUGUUAUUGUAUGCGAGUCUUCAUGGAGGUAUUUCCUGAUGCCAAAACUAUUCUUAGGAAGCAGAGAAUGAAUCGCACGAAAUUUCAGAUACACUGAUCUUGAACCUGAAUGUACCUGCGCUGCGCCACAAACGCGCGUUCCGCGAACAAGGAGUCGUUAAGUAUGAUGAUCGAGAUCAGAGCAAAAGCUUGUCACGUGUUCGUUGCGCGCGAACGGAAUC